UGGCAUGCUGUCGACAUGUUGAUUGCUUUCGGUGUCGUUAAAAUUGAUUAACAUAAAUGAAUUUUAAGAUGUAAUUCAUGGCUGCGAUUGAAUAAUAACCGAUUCUUAAUAAUGUACAAUGUAAAUAUUAUAAGUUAUUACAUUAUAAGUUAUGUGAAUUGUUUUAAAAGGAAGAAUUGUGAAAAAUAGAUCUAUCAAGUGAGAGAAUGCUAACAAUGCAACUAUUGAGAGCUUUAUAAUGUGCUCAAGUUACUAAGAAUAUAAUAUAAAGAACCUCAAAACAAUAAUAUAAAGAGUAAAUUGCUAGGUGCAUAGUUUAAUGCUUCAUAUAAUUAAUGACAAAGUCAAAAUGAGUGUCAAAAGAAAAGUAACCUCUAAUUCAAAUGUGUCUGAUGCUUCUGUAAGUAAGAGUCCAUAUUUCACAAACAAUGAGACUGAAUCUGCAAGUAUACAGUUAAAAAACAAUGCUUCCAGACUAAAAGAUUCUUUUUAUAAUAUUCCAUGUGAAGACUUGGCAAAAAAAUUACUUGGAAAGGUGAUAUGUAGGAAACUGGAUACUGGAGAAGUGUUGAAAGGAAAGAUUGUAGAGACGGAAAGUUAUGUCGGUGUUGAAGACAAAUCCUGUCAUUCAUAUAAAGGGAAGAAGACGCAGAGGAACGAAGCCAUGUUUAUGAAACCUGGCACGGCUUACGUCUAUACGAUUUAUGGAAUGUACUAUUGUCUCAAUAUUUCGAGUGACGGAGAAGGUGCUGCUGUUUUAAUAAGAUCGCUAGAGCCCUUAUGGGGAUUCGAGACCAUGAGAGCUUACCGGACUAAAAAGAGACCGAACGGAAAAGAAUUAAAAAAUAAAGAAUUAUGCAACGGACCCUCUAAAUUAUGCAUGGCUUUAGAUGUGACAAAACUAUUAAAUAAAGAUGACAUGACCGUUAGUGAUAGACUAUGGGCGGAAGACUGCGAAGACAUAGGUGACGAGGACAUCGUUCGGAGUAAACGCAUUGGGAUCGAUAGUGCUGGAGAGGAAUGGGCAAAUAAAUUCCUUAGAUUUUAUAUUAGGAAUAAUAUAUAUGUCAGUGUUAGAGAUAAGAAAGCAGAAAUGUGACAAGCACAUUUACUUUCUGAAUUUUGAAUAUCUGUUGGAAAUUUGGAAUCAAUGUUUGUAUUUAGUAUUUAAUUAAUGAAGUGAGAGUAUUGAAAAAUAACGAAGACCUAUAUUAAUUAUUAUAGCUUUCUUUAUAAUAAACUUUAAACAUAAAAUACAAAGGUAAAAAUAUAAUUUAUGUAUAUAAUUUAAAAACUGAUUAAAAGGUGUUAACAUCUUUUAAUCAGUUGACAGGAUAUAUUAAUGAAUGUAUGUAAAAUGUAGCAUAUUU